UACUGUCUUCCAAAAGCCAGGUGGUUCUCACAAGUGGAAGAAGCCCCUGGUAUUUUGCUGUAGUAAACAAAAAAAUCUCUUUACUAGCAUCCGAUUUCCUGGAGAAGAAGAAAAAAAUGGCAGAAGUGGUUAGCAACAAGCAGAUCAUCUUCCGAGAUUUCGUAACGGGAGCUCCGAAACUAUCCGAUAUGAUAUUGACCACUGGAACUAUACGGUUGAAGGUGCCCGAAGGAUCAAAUGCCGUUCUCGUCAAGAAUCUCUACAUUUCUAUCGAUCCCAUGAUCCGGAACCUGAUGAACAAGAUGGACGACACUCCGACUGAAUUGACUUACGUGCCCGGAUCGCCCAUUAUUGGCUUUGGAGUAUCAAAAGUUUUAGAUUCAGAACAUCCAGAUUUCAAGAAAGAUGACUUGAUUUGGGGAUUGACUGGAUGGGAAGAAUUCAGUCUUAUAUCAGAGCCCCACAUCCGGACUCUGUAUAAAAUCAAAUAUACUGAUGUACCUCUUUCCUACUAUACAGGCAUUCUUGGUAUGCCUGGUCUUACAGCUUAUGGUGGAUUUCAUGAGCUUUCUAGUCCUAAGAAAGGUGAAUCCGUCUAUGUUUCAGCAGCUUCUGGUGCCGUGGGUCAACUAGUCGGACAAUACGCUAAGUUGAUGGGCUGCUACGUUGUUGGAAGUGCUGGUUCUAAUGAAAAGGUUGAUCUAUUAAAGAGUAAGUUUGGGUUUGAUGAUGCUUUCAACUAUAAAGAAGAACCUGACUUGACCGCAGCUUUAAAAAGGUAUUUUCCUGAGGGCAUCGACAUUUACUUUGAGAAUGUGGGCGGCAAAAUGCUUGAGGCAGUUCUAGAGAACAUGAAGUACCAUGGUCGCAUUCCAGUGUGCGGUAUGAUCUCUCAAUACAACCUCGAGAAACCUGAAGGUGUGCACAACUUGAUGUAUCUCGUCAAGAAGUGCAUCCGAAUACUAGGGUUCAAUUACAUAGAUUACUACCCCAAGUAUCCUCAAUUUCUUGAGAUGACCCGGAAAUAUAUCAAGGAAGGAAAGAUUGUUUAUAUGGAAGACGUGCUCGAAGGACUCGAGAGUGCUCCAGAAGCCUUAAUAGGACUCUUCGCAGGACGCAAUGUCGGGAAACAAGUAGUUGUACUUUCCCGUGAGUGUGAGUGAUUCUGAGCCAGAUUCAAGUAGAAAGACAUGAAACUGAACUUAAAUUAGUCAUAUGCAUGGUACUUCUAAGUUGUCUUAUUUCGAAUGAUGUUUUAUGUAUCAAUAUCUAUGCCACAGACUCUGCUUUCUUCUAUAAACCAAAAGGAGCAAAUGAAAGAAUGCUUGAUUGAAA